CCCUCCCCUCGGCUCUUCCCAAACUACCCUCCACGCCACUACCCCUCCCGGGAAGUUCAUCAUCGUCUCUCCCACCAAUUCCAAAUACAGGUGUUGGGAGACGUGGAUGGCGGUGCUGGUGGCAUACUCGGCGUGGGUGUGCCCGUUCGAGAUAGCGUUCCUGGGGAAGGACAGCCAGCACCCGUUGUACGUUGUGGACAACGUGGUGGACUUGUUCUUCGCGGUGGACAUCGUCCUCACUUUCUUCGUCCCCUACUUCCACCCCACCACUCACCUCCUCGUUCGCCACCCCACCAAAAUCGCCACCAGGUAUUUGUCAACGUGGUUCGUGAUGGACGUGGCGUCAACCAUCCCAUUUGAGCUGGUAGCCUUUUUGGUGACCGGAAAACACCACUCUGGCCUUUGUUUUUCCAUCCUAGGAAUGCUCAGGUUUUGGCGACUCCGCAGGGUCAGCAGCUUCUUUACCAGGCUAGAGAAGGACAUUAGGUUCAGCUACUUUUGGGUUAGAUGUGUCAGGCUUCUUUUCGGUACAUUGCUGUUUGUGCAUUGUGCUGGUUGCCUGUAUUACUUGAUAGCUGAUAGAUAUCCACACAAGGGGAAAAACUGGCUGGGAUCGAUUAAUCUCAGAGACGAAAGCCUUCUGAUUCGCUAUAUUUCUGCGGUGUACUGGUCGAUAACGACCAUGACCACGGUUGGGUAUGGAGACCUCCAUGCUGUCAACACUAUGGAGAUGAUCUUCAUCAUCUUCUACAUGCUCUUCAAUCUCGGAUUUACAGCUUACAUAAUCGGCAACAUGACUAAUUUGGUCGUUGAAGGCACCCGGCGUACCAUGGAAUUCAGGAACAACAUUGAAGCAGCGUCAAAUUUUGUGCGGCGCAACCACUUGCCUCCGCGGUUGAAGGAGCAGAUAUUAGCUUACAUGUGUUUGAGAUUCAGAGCAGACAGCUUAAACAGACAGGAACUGAUUGAGAACCUCCCGAAAACAAUAUGCAAAAGCAUCAGCCAACAUUUGUUUCUGCCAACCGUCGAGAGAGUUUAUCUCUUCAAGGGCAUUUCUAAGGAAAUCUUACUGCGUCUGGUAGCUGAUAUGAAGGCAGAGUAUCUUCCUCCAAGGGAGGAUGUGAUAAUGCAGAACGAAUCCCCUGACGACGUUUAUAUCAUAGUGUCAGGGGAGGUAGACGUGAUCGACACGGAGACUAAGGAUAAUGAGAAAUAUGUUUGGACUUUGAGUCCGGGAGACAUGUUCGGAGAGGUUAGUGCCUUUUGUCGCAGCCCGCAGAGCUUCACAUAUCGAACCAAGACUCUUUCCCAGCUUCUCAGGCUGAGGACAAGUACUCUUCUUGAAGUCAUGCAAAUGAAACGGGAAGAUAACAUUACCAUGAUCAAAAACUUUCUCCAGCACCACAAAAAGCUCAAGGAUCUGAAGCUGGGGGAUUUGUUCAUUGAUAUAGGUGGAGAAGAUGAAGAUCCAAACAAGUUUAUCAACUUGUUGACAGUUGUGGCCACUGGGAAUGCCACUUUUCUCAAUGAGCUUCUCAAGGCAGGAAUGGACCCUAACAUUGGAGACUCUAAAGGAAAGACUCCAUUGCAUAUUGCAGCAUCAAAGGGGCAUGAAGAGUGUGUGAUGGUGCUCCUCAAGCAUGGAUGUAACAUACAUGUCAAAGAUGUGGAAGGUAACACGGCAUUAUGGGAUGCUAUAGGGGAAAAACAACAUUCAAUAUUCAGCGUAUUGUACCACUGGGCAACCAUUUCUGACCCCUACGUAGCAGGGGAUCUCCUAUGCAAAGCAGCAAAAUCAAACGAUCUCGCUGCAAUGCAGGAGCUUCUGAAACACGGGCUCCACAUCGAUUCCAGGGACCGACACGGGAGGACUGCCCUUCAAGUGGCUGUGGCUGAGAACAACAACCAGACAGACAUGAUAAAGCUGCUGCUGAUGAAUGGGGCAGAGAUUGAUGAGCCAACUAAGGUCCAUUUGGAGUCCCUAGGCAUGACUAAUGAGGUCCUACAGAGAAAGAAAGGGCACAUAAUGGAUCAAAAAGGUCCUACUGAUACCCUAAAACAAUGCUCAAUGAUAAGAGUUAGCAUAUACAGAGGCCAUCCUCGGACAAGGCGAGAAAUGCAAUGCAGAGAACCGGGAAGGCUAAUCAAAUUGCCUGGCUCGGUAGAGGCGCUAAAGGGCAUUGCAGGGGAGAAGUUUGGGUUUGAUGCAACAAAUGCUUGUGUGACAGAUGAAGAAGGAACGAUAAUCGACUCGGUAGAAGUCAUAAGAGAUAAUGAUAAGCUUUUUAUAGUUGCAGACUCAAAUUUUUGAGUUCAUAUAUAUAUAAAAGAGAUCAUGUUUGUGUUAUUGGAGUUGCUCUGAAUAACCAACCAUCAAUUGAUGAAAUGUAACUAAAAAUCUAUCAAGCAUUGGAUGGGCUUUCUAUUUUUAUUUUUGAAAACAUCCUAAAUAGAAGCAACAAAAAUGAAAAUACUAAAAUAGGAGUAAUCCU